UUCUCGGCGGCGGCGGCGGCGGCGACUACAAGGAAAGGUGGCCGCGGGCGAUGCAGGGGGCGCGGCACGUCGUGUGCGCCGUGUCGGGCGGGGUGGACAGCGCCGUGGCCGCGCUGCUGCUGAGGCGGAGAGGUUACCAGGUGACAGGGGUGUUUAUGAAGAACUGGGACUCGCUGGAUGAGCAUGGAGUUUGCACGGCUGACAAAGACUGCGAAGACGCUUACAGAGUUUGCCAAAUCCUAGACAUCCCCUUCCAUCAGGUGUCCUACGUGAAGGAGUAUUGGAAUGAUGUGUUCAGUGAUUUUUUAAAUGAAUAUGAAAAAGGAAGAACUCCCAAUCCUGACAUAGUCUGCAACAAACAUAUCAAAUUCAGUUGUUUUUUUAAUUAUGCUGUGGAUAAUCUUGGAGCAGAUGCAGUUGCUACGGGUCACUAUGCAAGAACGUCCCUGGAAGAUGAAGAGGUCUUUCAGCAGAAGCACGUUAAGAGGCCAGAAGGGCUUUUUAGAAAUCGAUUUGAAAUUAGAAAUGUGGUAAAACUUCUGCAAGCAGCUGACAGCUUUAAAGACCAGACCUUCUUUCUCAGCCAGGUUUCCCAGGAUGCCCUGAGGAGAACCCUCUUCCCCCUGGGGGGAUUAACAAAAGAUUUUGUAAAGAAAAUAGCUGCUGAGAAUAGACUUCAUCAUGUGCUUCAGAAAAAAGAGAGCAUGGGCAUCUGUUUCGUUGGUAAAAGAAAUUUUGAAAAUUUCAUCCUUCAGUACUUACAGCCUCGACCUGGUAAAUUUAUUUCAAUAGAAGACAAUAAGGUUCUGGGAACGCAUAAAGGUUGGUUCCUGUAUACUUUGGGCCAGAGAGCCAACAUAGGUGGCUUGCGGGAGCCCUGGUACGUGGUGGAGAAGGAUGGCGUCAGGGGCGACGUGCUCGUGGCCCCCCGGACAGACCACCCGGCCCUGUACAGGGACCUGCUGCGGACCGGCCGCGUGCACUGGGUGGCUGAGGAGCCGCCCGCAGCCCUGGUCCGCGACAAGAUGAUGGAGUGCCACUUCCGGUUCCGCCACCAGAUGGCGCUAGUGCCCUGCGUGCUGACCCUCAAUCAAGACGGCACUGUGUGGGUGACGGCCGUGAAGGCUGUGCGGGCUCUCGCCCUGGGACAGUUCGCUGUGUUCUACAAAGGGGGCGAGUGCCUGGGCAGUGGGAAGAUCCUGCGCCUGGGGCCAUCCGCCUACACACUCCAGAAGGGCAGGAGCAGACCCGAUGUGACCGUGGAGGGCUCCAGCAUCGGCCGGGGUGACAGCCCGGGCCAGGGACCCACGCUCUGACAGAGGCCGAGCUGCUGCUGUGGAGCUCAUGGGAGGAGACGUGGACGAGCGGAGCCGGGGGCAGGGCCGCUUCAGAGCCAGGGAGAGCCCAUCCUCUCUGCUUGCUGGCCGGCGGGUCUGUCCCAAGUGCCCCAUGGGUGGAGUUCCUCUUGCGCACCCCCUAGAGGGCUUCCCGUCCGGGGGCAUGCCGAGGGGACCUGUGGGGAGGGAUGGAUGGGCUGCAGGGGCAGUACCCAAUAAAAACUCUGUCUGGG